GAUAGCGGCCAUAUAAGCAGACGGAGCUCCGCCACCUCACCGGAGACCCUUUUAUGGAGACGCCGCGGCCGGAAUUCCGAGUCCGAUGGAUGGAUGAGGCUGUUCCUCUGAAAACGGAGCGUGACGUGGACGUGGGAUGGUCUUUGGGAAUAAAUCCACGAAUUAAAAGCUAAAAGUCUAAUUUUAACGCGGGGAUUCACUUGUUAUUCUUCAUUAUUCCCGCAUGCGUCCUCACGGCAGCUCCACUUGUUCUAUUCGUGGAGUUCCCUCUUUUUUUGAUGCCAAGUCCAUAUUUGGUCAGUGACGUCAGGGGGACACCCGGUGAUUCCCUUUAUAACCAUACCGCUGCGCGUGGGAGCCGUGUAAAAGAGCCGGGAGGCGGAAAAAGCGGGGUUAGCAUGACGGGCAGCGCUUAGGAGCAGAGCAGAGACGCCUUAGGAGAACGGAUCAGGUGAACUCACCUCAGCGCGUAAUGAGCGCCAAGGUGCUGCUGGACGAGGGUCCUGCGUGUCUGGGCAGAGCGGCGGACGCAGCGGAGGGGGGGCUGACUGUUUUUAAGGAAGAGCCGGUGGGAGAGGAGGAUGGAGGCGGUGAGCUUCUGUUUGAGGGGCGGGGCACACCUGAGCUGCACAUCCACGGAGAACUGGCGCAGUACGCGGCCACUUUACGCACGCAUCCCGUGGCGUUCACCGGCAGGUUCUCAGUGGACUCCGGGGGCGCGGGAGGACCGUGGACACCCGGGGACACCAUCAACGUGGUCAGCGCAGACAUCGGCAGCAACGCGCCUGCGCCGGACCCCGGAUCAGCUGCGCCCUCUCCAGACAUUUACGCACCCGGAGGAGGAGGAGGAGGAGGCGGCGGCAUGGCGCACGGCCCGCCGGACAUCAGCCACAUGUACGCGCCCCCUCAUCCGCACCCUCACCCCGCCCCGUCCUACUCCUGCAGCGGGGACAUAUACCAGGACCAAUCAGCAGGGGCGUACCUGGCGCCAUCCACCUGCUCCGUGUCCUACCACCCGCCUCAGCCCUACACCUCAGCGCCCAAAACCGGCAUGGACGGCCCCGCGCUGCUCUCCAUCAUGCCUGAGUACGGCGGGUUCUACCAGCAGAGCUGCCAGCGGGACCUCCAGACCGCCUUCCCGGAGAGGAAGCCCCUCCCGUACGCGCUGGACCCGCUCAGGGUGCCGCCGCCGCUCACGCCGCUCAACACCAUCAGGAACUUUACGCUGGCGGCUCCGCCCGCGGCCGUGGAGGGCCCGAUGGCCGCGGCGUUCCCGGGUCACCAGAACCUGCCCCUCAGACCCAUCCUGAGACCCAGGAAGUACCCGAACCGGCCGAGCAAGACGCCGGUCCACCAGAGGCCGUACCCGUGCCCCGCGGAGAGCUGCGACCGGCGCUUCUCCCGGUCCGACGAGCUGAGCCGACACCUGCGCAUCCACACCGGCCACAAGCCCUUCCAGUGCCGCAUCUGCAUGCGCAACUUCAGCCGCAGCGACCACCUCACCACGCACAUCCGCACGCACACCGGGGAGAAGCCCUUCUCCUGCGAGCAGUGCGGGAGGAAGUUUGCGCGCAGCGACGAGAGGAGGAGGCACAUGAAGAUCCACCUGCGGCAGAAGGAGAAAAGGUCCUCCGCCUCAUAGAACCCGCGCCGCCCGCCUCCCUCCUGGAUGCGGACCGAGGUGCAGCUCAGCAGGGCCCAGAAAUCUUAGAUAAUCCAUCAGAAAAGUCUCCGCGUUGUGCAGAAACCACCAGAAUGCAGCAUCUGGUUAUUUAUGCAGGUAGAAACGCGCACGCGUGGCGGCACAUCCCAACUAAUCUUAGUUUAGAUCCCAGGAAACAAGAGGACGCGUCCGGCGAGUCUGCGCCUCGGCGCUCCGCUCCAGAACCGCUCUGCCUGGGUUCCGGUGCGCUCAGGGAUCCAGACAGCAGACAUGAACUCAGUGACGCAGCGCGUGAGGCUCAGACUCCAGGUGUGAUGAGAACCAGGUGAGCAGAGGAGACGGUGGCAGGUCCAAAUCCCGCCUCUCCGGUGCGUUAAAGUGAUUCCCACAGCAGCUCAGGUGAGACGCGCUGAAUGUUCGCAUGGCGGGAACCUUUCGCUCAGCUCUCUGCGUGUUCUGCGCAGGAAGUGAACUUUGACCUCAGGUCGGCUCCUGAUGCUCCGCAGUUUUACUGGUUUUAUUUUUGCUUUCCGGAGCGACGUUCUCACCUGAAGGACAGAGACUGAACCCAGACUCCAGAGCUUCUGCUGUGCUGAAGAGUUCUUAUGCAAACGUGGCGAGCUACAGCAGCCGAUGUUCUUGUUGAUGCAAAUAAACUUUGGUUUGU